AGAAUGCAAUUGGAUUUCAUGUCCUUGACCCUGAAUUUCUUGCGCUUUUUAGUUGCUUUUCCAACACUGCACUUGACUGACUGAGGGAAAGCCAAGGGAGGAGGGCUCGAAGACUAAAGAUGUGGAGGGUGGGAGAGGAAAUGGUGGAACAGGAUUGCGAUGGGUAGUGAAAAAGAUUGAAAGUGGUUUUUGAGAGUUGCUUCUGAAGCAGAUGUUGGGCAUGGGAAAAAAGCACUAGAGGAAGUGGGUCGGUUAGCUUAAGCUUCGACAGUCACCAACUUACAAAGAGGAGGGAAUCUUGUGCAGGGUACUUGUUGCAAUGACCUCUGCAGCCAUGGCAGAACUGCACGAGUUUCAACGAGGGAUUUCUGGAUGUUUUUGCUGCCAGCACUGUGUGAAGAAGUAUAAUGUGAUGGUGGUAUGAGAUAUUGGGGGAUUGUGAAUCUAUGACUUGAGGGAAGGGAAGGGAGGGGAGGAGGAGUAGAAGGAGACGGGAAGACCCGGGCUGGCUCGGGGGGUGACGCCGAUGUGAGUGAAUCAUAAAGCUGAUGGUUCCUUGUGGCGUAGAGAUUGCAACAGUGAUGGCAGGGCAUUCAUGGGGGUUGGCCUUUGUCAUUGCUGAUUUCCGUCUGCUGGAGGCGUUGAACCUCGUGCUCUUCCGGAUGCGUGGCAUUGGCAAUCAGAGAUGGUGACGGAGCCCACGUGCGAAGGGAAGGAUGUGUAGAAGAAGAGAGGGAGGGAGGAAAUUAGGGUUGGUUGCUUUGGGAGCGCCUUGGUUGCAGGACUUGCAUGCACACCUGAGGGCGUGAAUGAAUUCGAAAAUUUGGAGAGAGUUCCGGCACUGCGAAAUGGUAUUUGUAGAGCUCAGGAAUGUAGAGGAUGUCUGUGAUUCCCCUAAAACCUGGUUUUUUCUGAUCCUAAGGUGUGAGGCCUACCAAUUGGCAGAACCGAAGCUUCGAGGUCGUCCUUCUUCAAUGCUUUGCAAUGUUAGAGACCAAAUUCGUAGUGUGCUGUACAAGUAGGAUGGAUCAUUCCUCUUCUUCUAUCCCUUCUCUCUGUUGUGUCAAAUUUGAUACUUUGACAGCCGAUUUGAUUUCAUGACUGAAAUAGUUCCUCUUCAAUCAUACAGGGAGAGAUGGCCUGUGUUGCUUAACCCACCAGCUUGUUGUAAAGGUGAAUUCUAUUUAGUGUAUUUGAGUUGGUCAGGUGAACUUGCUUGUAAAAAGUUGCGAGAUAUGGUUGGAGGAUGCAAUGGAAUUGACGGUAUUUAGAUUGGCAGUGUUCAGAUUUUUUUAUUCUUAACCGUUCGGGCCCAUUGACGGAAAGCAUAACUUAAUCCCAUCACCUCUGAAAGAAUAAGCUAAAUUUUGAACAUUUCAAAGAAAUAUAUUUGUACUCAUUGCAGAGUCCGGAUGGCAUCAGUGAAGAAAUGGAAAGUCAAUAAUUGUUAGUUUAUGGGAAGCUAGCUCGCGCACAAAACAGUGGGCUUGUGAUUAAGCUUUGAAGGAGGUGUGCUAGAGGACGGUGUGAUGUCUUUAGAUUGGGAUAACAAAGGUGGAUUCAGCUGUUGCGAGGCUGUGACCACAAGUAAGAAGCUUAAAAAGGGUGAUUUUAGCCUUGAAAAGCAGGAGAAUGAACGUCCCUCUCCUAGUAUUCCUAAAUCAAUGCUUUUUAUCCCGCCAAGCCGCCGUCCUAAGCCAACUCAAAAGUUGAGGCCAGAGAAGUGGAGGGCGGCAUUUGACCUCGAAGGCAGGCCAGUUGGAUUCCAUAAGCUCCUGAAGAUAAUUAGGAAAGGGGGUGUGGAUCAUUCCAUUAGAGCCGAAGUUUGGGAGUUCUUGCUUGGCUGUUAUGAACUGGGAACCACUUUGGCUUACCGUGAGCGAGUUCGUCAGGCUCGCAGGGAGAGGUACAAUGAACUACUUGAACAAUGUCGAACGAUGCACUCAAGCGUUGGAACAGGGUCUCUGGCGUACACAGUUGGUUCUAAGCUAAUGGAUGUCCGUGUUACAUCCAACGGCAAUGGGGACGACGAAGAUGUUCCAUUAGUGGAGUCAAUCCCUGUUGACGAUUUCAAAAACCACUCCAAAGCUCGGCAUCAGACUUCCGUUAAAAAUCGCAGGUCUAAUUUAGAAGCCUCUAAUGAGAGUUGUGCACCAGGGGCUGGGACUGAAAAUCUGAACUCGAUAGUCCAAGAAUCUUACAGAGAUGAGAGGACUGGAGAUGGUUUACCUGUCCAAAUGGAACAGCAAGGAGUUUUUACUUCCGAUGAUCUCAGGCUCCAAGAGCCUUUACCAGGUGAAGUGGUUGCUUCUGAGCAGAGGCCUGGAGCAGGACUUGUCAAAAUGCUAACUCCAACAGAAGUCGAUCAGAAAUCAAUUGAGAGCGUAGGCUUUAGACAAGAAAACGGUGACAUUGCCAAAGACGAACUAGAGAGAUCUCAAAACACUGUCCCUGUCCCUAGCAUAUUUUCUACUCCUAUUGCUAGUGAUGUGGAGUCCACCUUGAGGAGAAUGGAAGUAGAAGGGCAGAGAGGAGGGAUGACUGAUUUGUCAUCGGAACAGGACGAAAGGAAUUCAACUUUCUUGAAGUCCGUAGAUCUUGACACUGUGCCAGGCCCUCGAUUGUCUGGAGGAUCGGAGAAGGUUACCAACUGGCUAUGGACUCUCCACAGAAUUGUUGUGGACGUGGUACGAACAGAUAGGCAUUUAGAGUUUUACAAUGAGGGCAAAAAUUCAGCUCGCAUGUCAGACAUUUUGGCUGUCUAUGCCUGGGUCGAUCCUGACACUGGAUACUGUCAAGGCAUGAGUGAUUUACUGUCACCGUUCAUUGUGUUGUUUGACAUUGACGCCGAUGCGUUCUGGUGCUUUGAAAGCCUCCUUAAAAGAAUGAGAGAUAAUUUUCAAAUGGAGGGGCCAGUAAGGGUGAUGAAGCAGUUGGAAGCUAUGUCCAGUAUUUUAGAGGUGACGGACGCAGACAUGCUAAAACAUCUUGUUUUAGUGGGAGCUGACAAUUUCCUCUUCGCCUUUCGCAUGUUACUUGUUCUCUUUCGCCGAGAGCUCUCAAUUGCUGAAGCUCUCUACAUGUGGGAGAUGAUGUGGGCAGCUGAUUUCCAUCAAGCGACAGCAUGGGCAUUUGAGUAUCAUUCUUUAGAAGCGCUGCGCCUCCCUAAUUUUAAUUCUCCUACAAAAAUCUAUCCUUUGCAAGAAGGUGAAUCUUGUAGAGACUCCUUUCCGGACAUUUUAACCCCUCCAAGUCCAGAAAGGCUUCACAGGGCCUCAUCUGGAUCACCUUGUUUAGAUUCAGUGAGGUGGAGAACUAUUGCAAAAAGACGAUCCUUCUGUGGGCUGAGACCUGGAAGGUUGUGGCAGAUAAAUCGAAACCGCCUGAAUUCCACCAAUAUAGGUCUGUCGGGCCCUGAUGGUGACCAAGAUAUUUCUGUUUUUUGUGUCGCUGCUAUUAUGGAGCAAAAUCGUGGCAUGCUCAUGGAGAAGCUGCAAUCUAUGGAUGAUGCCAUCAAGAUCUUUAAUAACAUGGACAUGGAGUUCAAAGUGCACAGCUGUGUGAAUACAGCUGUCAAAUUGCGGAAACGGUACCGGGACCAGUCCUCCAAACGUGUCACUUGGGAGAGGAGAUCGAUUUCCAGGCAACCAAGGUCCGUUAAGGUUUCAGCUCGUGGCUGACAGAAGCCCUUAGGGCUUUGGAGGUCCUCCCAUUGAUUUAGGAUUUUUUAAAACCUUGAUUCUUCCUUGUAGAGCUUCAUGCUUCAGACACAAUGUACCAAAAGAGCUGGCUUGAAGGGUAAUUACCCUAUUGGUAGAAAGUGUGUUUAGCCAUUUGAUUUUUGUCGCACAUUUAGAUGAGGAGAGUCCAUUUAAAACUUUCAUACUUUAAUUGGGUAUAUAACAAAAUAGAAUCGUGUAUUAUGGAUGGUCCUUAAUGGGAAAAUUGUAGAUUUGGAAUUGAGAAAAUGUCAAAUCUACAUUACUAUACAAGACUAGAACCGAUGUGAACGUAGCACUUCAAUCGGGACUGAAAUUGAGGGAGGAGAAGAAUUCUAGAGUUGAUAAGAGUUGUGAACGUUUCACAAAAAAUGAAACUUGUUUUGACAAGGAGUGUGACAAAGUAUUUAACACAUCUUGUCUUUUCAGAAUGAUUCAUACAGAAGCAAUAGAGGGAAUAUAUGAA